UCCGGGAGUCGUGUGGAGUGGGGCAAGACCCCAACCCUGCUCCCUGGCUGGAGCGGGGCAAGCCCCAGACCCAACUUCCCGGUGGGAGCUCAAGGGACAGAUUAAAAUGUCUGCAGGGCCGUAUGUGGCCCCCGAGCCGUAGUUUGCCCACCUCUGGCUUAUUGAGAAUAUUUAAUAAGAGAGAUCCAAAGUAACCUGUACCUAGGACAAUAGGCCUUGGGAAUUGGUGGGAGUGGAUGUAAUUAGGGCUAUUACCAGCAACAAACAAAGGAUACCAGUAUAUCUUGACAGUCAUGUAUUAUCUUCCAAAAUGGGUGGCAUAAAUCAGCACAUGAGGUGGGAAAGAAAAUCUGUAAAAUUAUAAAUUGAUUUGGAUGUCUAUGGUGAAUAUUGACGGAUCUUGGUUCUGAAUUCAGUAAUGAGGUAAUGACUUAUUUUUUAGAUUUUUGUUCACUAUUUCUUCAACCACACUAUCGGGUCAUAGAUAUUUGACACUGACUAUGGGCUUCAUUGUCUUCAUGAUUUUUUUUACUGUAAAUUGUUGCUGACACAUUUUUCUGUCUCCUUACCAAUUUUUUUUAUAACAAACUGAUUGCAAACUUAUUUUUCCAUGUAGUCAUUCUAAAAGAUAGAAUAGGAAACCAUAGUAAUUACGUGUAAAAUCAAUUUAAAAUAGGAGAAGGAACAUACAUGCAGACAUUUCCAAAGGAAACUUUAUGGCAUAAUUUUAUUCUUUCACUUUAACCUGGCCCUUUGUGGGGAAAAAUGGGGAUAUAACAUAGCUUCAUCAGCUCAUACCACCCACAAACCAAUGGACUGGAUGAAAACAACAAAUCCAUCAAAUUUUAGAGGGGGAAAUUUCAAUACUAAAUACAAGUAGCAUGCACCAGGCCAUUAGCUACAUAUUGGUAAUACCUCUUCAAGAUCAAUUUAUUACAUUGCAACUCUUUUUAUUGUAUCAAAUGUGAAAUCAAAAAUAAUCAAAGCUCUGCACUGUGAUGUCCUCCUCCUCAGACCUUCUUGAUUCCAUAUAACCUGUCUCAAUCAAGACAUCAUGUUAACUAUUUGUUUUCACAAACUAAUCAAUCACCAUUUCUUACAGAGCACUGUGGAAGUUGGUUGAUAACACUGGGAGUAAUUGGGAUGAAUUUUUUUAUAACAUUUUCUUUUCUUUUAAAUCUAAACUGCAAAUGAGAACAAAAAUGUCAUCCUUUCAACUGUAGUAUGGCUUUGAAGCAACAUUUCCAGACAAGGGCUCAGAGAAUUAUAUAAUUGUUCGUCUACCGAGAAACUGGAAAAUCCAUAUUGGGACUCUGGAAAAUUAAAAUUGUGGAACACAGGAGACAAGCAGAUGGGCACAACUGUGGGCCAGUCAUUCUAAAAUUAUUCAGUGUAAAAUUUUGAUUAUUUCUUAAUGAUGUGUAAUUAUGAUGUGUUUUCUAAUUAAAAGUGUUAGUUUGUAGAAAUGUAUUUAGACCAUAAAGAUAUCAGUACUAUGGAAACCACACAAGAGACUCUAACUAUAUAUAGAAGAAAAAUCACAAUUCUUUAAUGAAAGUCAGGUAAUAACUUUGUUACAAGUACCUAGUGAGACCAGAGUAUAUGGGAAGAUAACAGGCAGAGUGGAAUAAUGUCAUAUCACAAAGUUAUCUUAAUACACAUACAGUAGGAUAUGUUAUAGGUUUGGUUCUCUAACGGUCUCUCUUUAUGAUUAGUGAAAAAUGGGGAGUGGGUAGAUGGUUGACAUUGAAAGAGCAAUGAAAUCUAAUUGGAUAUAGUUAUAUCCACCAGCAGUCAACUAGAAGUUUGAGAUAAAUAGAACCAAAUAUAAUUUAAAAUAUGACCCCCAAAAAGAAAAAAUAUUUGCAAAUCAGUAACUUAAUACUUGAAAUAAUUGACAUUCAUGAAUAAAUCAAGAUUUCUAUUUAGAGUUUUGGUCAUAAGGUAAUCAUCAUUUGAUUACAUUAUAUUGAUUUUGCAGAGAGCAUGAAGGAGUACUGCAUGUCCUGCGCCUUGUCAUACACAAAAAUUAAAAUGAAGAUUGCAUGCUGGAAAUUUGCUACAGGAUCCUAUUGCUCCCACCAACUCCACGUGUCAGCAUUAUGUCUGCAAAACUUGUAAAGGCAAAAAGAUGAUGAUGAAACCAUCAUGUAGUUGGUGCAAAGACUAUGAACAGUUUGAGGAAAAUAAACAGUUGAGCAUUCUAGUGAACUGCUACAAAAAACUGUGUGAAUACAUAACACAGACUCCAUUGGCACGAGACAUAAUACAAGCAGUUGACUGUUCUGCAGAUCUUUUGGCUUUGCUCAAAGAUGGAUCACCACUCCAUGAAGACACAGAAAACAUUUCUGAUGCAGCCAUGCCUUUGUGUUUGACACAUUCUCCAUUACCUUCAACCUCAGAACAUAUUAAUGAUCCUCAAGCUAGUUUUUCUUCAAUACCUGAAAGUACACAUAAUAUUGAUAUUAGAAGUUCUGUUAUCAAUGGAUUGCCCAAUUGUAAUGGGCUUUCAGUGGAUAAACUUGGAGUAAAUAUUCCUUCCCCUGAACAUGCAAAUACAAUUGAUGUGUGUAGUACUGGAGAGUACAUAAAAACUGAGGAUAUCUCUAGCAGUCUUCAGCCUGUGUGUGACACAGUUUCUACUAGUGACUUGUGUACAUCAGGCCUUGACAUCUGCAGUUUCAACGAAGAUAUAAAGCCUGGCUCGCUAUUGCUUAGUGUUGAGGAAGUUCUCCGAAGCUUAGAAACUGUUUCAAGCACUGAAGUCUGUGGUUCUGAUUUGCAGCCCAGCUUGGAAGCCACCAUAUCCAAUGGUCCUUUCCUGCAGCUUUCUCCCCCACCUCUUAGCCAUAAUGUUUUCAUGUCCACAGGUGCUUCUCCUCAUGGGAUCUCAUGUACAGCAGCAACACCUAAGGUAGUUAAGUUAAACCGGAAGCGAUCUCGAUCAGAAAGUGACAGCGAAAAGGUUCAGCCACUACCCAUUUCCAGCAUCAUCUGUGGCCCAACGUUGGGAGCAUCAGCUCCAGUAACAGUAAAACAGGAAAAUAAAAUGUCUUUGCAGCCUGUAGCAACUGUACCCAAUGGAGGCACUACUCCCAAAAUAAGUAAAACUGUACUCCUGCCUAAUAAAAGCAUGAAAAAGAAUCUAGAACAUGCCCCCAAGAAAUCUCACCCGAAAGCCAAACCAGGAAUACUGAAAACAAAAGACAAAGCAAAGGAAAAGGUUGCUAGCAGUAAUGUUAUGCCAGGAAGUCCGACAAAAACUGCAUACAAAAAGCCACAAGAAAAGAAAGGGUGUAAAUGUGGUCGCGCCACCCAAAAUCCAAGUGUUCUUACAUGCCGUGGCCAACGCUGCCCUUGCUACUCUAACCGUAAAGCCUGCUUAGACUGUAUAUGCCGUGGCUGCCAAAACUCAUAUAUGGCUAAUGGGGAGAAGAAGCUGGAAGCAUUUGCAGUGCCAGAAAAGGCCUUGGAACAGACUAGGCUUACUUUGGGCAUUAAUGUGACAAGCAUUGUGCGCAGUGCCAGCACAAGCACCAGUGUAAUUAAUGUGACAGGGUCACCAGUAACUACAUUUUUAGCUGCCAGUACACAUGAUGAUAAAAGUUUGGAUGAAGCUAUAGACAUGAGAUAUGACUGUUAAAUCUUUUUUUUUUUUGUCUUUUCCCUGCCCUUAGUAGGGGAACUGCUACAGUUUUAAGGCAGCUAUGGUUCUGUUUAACUUGCCGAAGCUCCUGCCUAUAGAUCACUUGUAUCAAGUGUUUUUCAUUGCUAUGUUAUGUGUGUUAGUGUCUGGGAAAUAGUUUGCAGAUAAUGGAGGAGUUACCCUAAAACUAUGUCUUUAGAUCUCACAGCACCUCAUAGUUUGAGAUCAGAUGCUGAUGUAAAUGGUUUUAAUACAAGAUGACCUUUGGAAAGGAACAUAUUAACCUCAUUGUACCAGUUAAUGCUUUGUGCUCAAUUAAAACUUCCGAUUAAAUGUAAGGAAGUGGUAUCUAGUCAGUCUAUCAAAGUUGUGCUAAUUUAUGAUGUGUGAAAGUAACUGCCAAAUACACUGCCAUAGGGAGUCAGUGUUGCUAGCAAAUCACAUCCCAUUCCUGUUGAAAGUACAGUAUUAACGGAGGACUGCAGUCUUUGAAUGACACAUCUUUUUUGAUCUUGAGCGUUGGUUAUCUAGAGCAUGGAACAGUACAAAUCAGUAAUUUCAUGGAAAGAAAAGUUGUCCCUCAUUGGAAUUGGCUAAGAAGUAACUGGGCAAUCAACUGGAGUCAGUUGUAAAGUGGCUGUCCCUCCAGAUCCUGCUCAAGUUUCUGUGUAAUCGCUUCAUUCACUUUUUCUAAACAGCCUGCAGGUGGAUGUGUGACUGGUAUAUUUUAUGCCCUGUGGCACUAACUCCAUUCAUCUUUGGCAUGUUGCUGUUCACUUCAUCAGGAGAGGGGAAACAACUGAUAAACAAAGAAGGGCCAAAUACCACAUAUGUAAACCCAUUGAUUUCAGUGGGAGUUGCUGCAAGUGGUAUCUGAGAAGAAUUUGACCCUAGGUUACAAAUAUAAAAAAUAAAUCUGGGCUGGGUUAAAAUCUUUGUCCAUUGGUGCCCCCCAAUACAUCCUGGUUUAUACAGCCUUUACCCACCAUUGGUUUCUCUUUUCUUCACUUAAAGAUAUAAAUGAGGUUAACACUGUAUUGUGAUACACUUGGGAUCUAUUUACUCUAGGAAAAUAGCCCAUUGUUACUUGCUUCCCCUCAGUCAGGAAAGAGAACUGAUGGGUAAACAGGAUCAAGUUAUUUUCAGUACUCAUUAGGUAAAGUAUGCAAUACAGCAUCUUCCACCAAGUGUUCAGCUCACUCGUCUACAUUUAGUAUGCCCAACUGGUUGAUUUCCUGUUAAUCCCUGAAAAUAAGGAAAUAGUUCAAAGAAGGCUUUUUGCAUUUUGCACAACAUUACAGCAGUUUUAAGAUUUUUUUUAAUGCCAUUCUAAAAAGUCAGACUUCCUCAUGAUGCAGAGAUAUCUCCUCUUUAAAUGGCACAGCACCAAAAAAAGAUGGUCUGACUAGUAUACAAAGCAUUAUCCUUGUAAUUUAAAGGACAAUUACUAUUUAUAACAGCAUGUCUAAAGAGAAACAGUGCUUGAAUUUUUCAAAUUCCAUUUUAUGGCAGCCAUAUUUUUAUUAAUUAAAUGAAAUCUCCAAUGAAUUAUGACAUAAUGGAUAUAUUUUGAUUGUGCACAAAGCAUGUACAAUGAUGGUUACCUGUCUAAGAAAUAAGCAAAAACUUUUUGGACACAAAUCAAAUGACACCACCUUUUGUUUUUGUAGUGUACUAUGGUGUCAUUUUCUGUGAAUGUGGUCAGAUAAUUUUUUUCGUUUUGUUUUGUAUUGCCCCCCGUCUUUUUUUGUGGGGUCGGGUAGGGUGGGGUGUUAAAGCCAUAGGAAGAAAAAUGUGAUGUAUGUGUCCAGUCUGUACUAUUUUGUUUUUGUUUUGCAAGAAGAGUUGAAAAAUAUUUUUGAUAACGAGAGUAAAUGGUGGAAAAUGCUUCUUAGUAUUCUUGUCUUUAUUUGCCAAUCCAAGUACCUGAAUUCCCUUUUUUUAACCCUUAUGAGGCUUAAUGAUGUCCUAUUAAAACAUAUUUAGUUACAUUUGUAUGUGAUUUUGUGUGUUGACCAAGAGACUCCUACCAUUUUCUACUUUGGUGGUUUGACUUUAACCUACUCAUGUAAAUCUGUGUUUAUUAUUCCACUACAUGUAAGUAAAGUAAUCAAGUGACAAACAGAUUUUAGUGGAGUUUGAGCAACAUGGGUAGUAGCUUCUGAACACUUCCGCAAAGCUGUUAAGUUUUGCUGAGAUUGUUGUUAGUACAUUUAUUUGUACUCUAAACUAUAUACUUCAGUACACAUUCCUCAAUGUAGGAGUAGUUUGGAAUUAUUUAUUUUUUACUGUUGCAUUAAGUGAGGUUCCAGUUGUUGGAGAUUUAGGUGAAGUGUUUUUUGGAAGCAUUGAUAGGAGACCCCUGAUCAUUAAUGUAACAUUGCUAAAUGGUAAAUUCAGGUUGUUUUAAAAACAAGUUUUCUUUUAUGCUACCACGUUCUUUAAAUGUGUAUUAAAAUGUAAAUUGAUUAAUAAAUGUUAGUUUUCUAAUUCUA